GGGGCCUCGAGCGCAUACAUGCUUCUUCGCGCUCUUACUGACCAGGAUUAGGGGUUUUUCCACCAUCGCGAAAAUCUAGAUUCCGUUCCAGCGCAGGAUCAAAGCCCCAUGCCAACCAUGACGGACGACGCUGUAGGACCUACCUCUGGACCGAGACUUCGUUUUCCAAGUCAUGCACUGCGACGGGACUAUUCUCGAAGCCUGGAGCUUGCGCACCCAACGUAACGGAUGCGGCAACAGUCCAUGAACCAAUAGAAGCGCAUUGAACAGCAGUGAUUGCUUGAAAGCACGCUGCCUUCACCCCGGACAACCGAAACCAGGGCAGCAAAUUACGUCUUCAGAGGUCGUCGAACUGCUAAGAAAGUCUUUGGUCGUUCAUGAACCGUGUUUCAAAGCUUCUGCACGGCAGCAUGCGUCCUUCGAUCACUGACGUUUGCUUGGAGCGUGGCGCGAGGGACGACGAUCUCCGUCCCGACUGUGGUGGGAUUGAAGUCAAGUCCAGGCCUUCUCGUACGAUCGACUUUCCCGCCACUUGACGGAGUGGCGGCGCGCUCUGGCCUCACACAAGACGACUUAUAAGCUGUCGCCUCCAUCUCUCUGCAGCUCAAAUUGGUUCCAGGCCCCAGGCUUGAGACAGCAGUCUGGGAUCGUCGCUGGUCUAUUCGCGUUCGCAGUCUUUACGCUGGUUCGCGCGGGGCCCUGUUAUAAUAUAAUAGUCUUACAAUCCUUCCCCGUGCGAAGACGCCGUUGGUUUGCGACGCUGAUACUACCCCCCCCGCUAGCUAGAUCACAUCCAUUUCUGAACGGUUACGGCGCACCACCUCAUGCUAUUAGGCAUUGCCCAAGAGUGCGGCACAUCUCUGCAGAAUUGUUCUCUACGUGAGCAGCGAACUUGCCCUUGUCGAGGGCGAAAUCAACACAAGAUCUUCGCGAGCAUGAGCGUCAGCUUUGAGACUGACAAAGCCGUUCAUGAGAACGCUUAUGCUGCGGAAGACGAUGGAUUUACCGAAGUAUUCGCGCAGCUUCAAGCAGCCGCGCAAGAGGCGAUGAACAGCCGCACGCCAGAGGAUGUUCUUGAGGAGUACUUUCCCAUGCAGAGCUCCACGUUGCCGCCAUCUGGCACGAGAAGUCCCACGAAAACGCGGCCCACGUCGAUCAGCAUUCACGACGAGGCCCUGGCAGACGUUUCCGAGAUCGCAUCUGGAGGAACUCUAGAGAUCGACGACCCUUUGUUUUGGGGCCUUGGUGCAAAUGCCGGGCCUGGACGCUGGGCAGGUCGACAGAAAACGACUCGCCUUUCAAAUCAACUGACCCUGCCUGCCUUUGCCCAAUUGCCCACGUGGGUCCGUAUUUUUGUCGCGCAGGUCGCGGUUGGCUCCGUCGUUUUGGCCGUGUACGGGCUGCGAGAGCUGCUGGAAUGCAUUCGCAUCCAAGUUGCCAACGUUUCUGCGCACCACGCGCCACAAGACGCGUCCUUUUGGACGACCUACUUUCCUCGUCUAACCAAAGUGUCGGGCUGCAAGGCCGUAGCAAUGUCACUGAACGGCCUCAUCUGGCUGUGCUCAGCUGUCCACUGCGCACAGUCCUUUCGCCAAAUGCUUACGGGCGCGAUGUCAAACAGAACGAUUCAAGUUCGACUGCUCAUUCUUACCCCGCUGUGGUUGGCUUGCUGCACUGUGGAUGGGAUUUUACGGCUGCGCACGAGAGAGGAGAUCUCGCUGUCGAUGAUGACGAUCCUGAUGCUCAUGUUUGUUCUGUCGACGUUUGCCAGACAUCUGGCAGUUCCUAGCUAUGCGUGACACGAAAUUCAAAAGUUUUAG